UAGUGUAAAGAGGAAGGUGAUUUGCAAUGAGAAGACCCUCUGACACUACUUAUUAAACAUGGGCUGCUGCUUCAGUAAAGAAUUGAGUAACAGCACGAGUGAAGAGAAAACCAGCUUGUUACAAAAAUCUGUGGAAGAGGAAGCACCAAAGUCAAGGAUAAGUAAAACUUUAUCUUCAAUUUUUGGAACUGUGGAAGGCCAGGAUCUGCAUACAGUGGGAAGGACAGUUAACGGGGCAGCUGUGACAGUCGGCACUGAACGUGUUUGUGGUGAUGAUUGCUCAGUGUCAGAUUCUAAAUCUGGUUUUUGGGGUAGAAAAGGAAAAUACUCGUCAUAUAACAGCAUGGGGAAUACUCCCCAUGCCAGCCCUAGGAGGACGUAUGGCGGACCUUUUAGCUUCUUUAAUUCCUUUAGUCACCUCUUGAAAGUCUCUGGUACAUAUGGAAAUCUGCAGAGAAGUGAAGAAAAGAAAGAUAAGAUUAUUAAAAAAAGAGCACCUAAAAAACUUAAUAGUAAUGGUCAGCAUGUGAACAAUAUAGAAGAUAAUAAUAGCAGUAUUACUAAUGAAAAUGUACCUUCACGAGAGCAUUGCUUGUUUGAUCAUAUUUCUAAUUCACACGUAGCAGAUAUCGUAGACAAAGGCUUACAGAGUGAAAUUUCCUUAAAUAGAAAUUCUCUGGAGGAUUAUACAGUUACAUGUGACCAUUCAAGGCAAAAUGAAACAAGAGUAAAUGUUGAAGACAGCAAGAGUGACAGCUUACAGAAAGUUUUGAGCUCAUAUAGAGAGAUGUCUCCAACAUUUUCCUGUCUUGAUGUAGACAACAGUCAAAAUGUGAAAGACAAGGAGUUUUACAGCAUUUGUGUUGUAGAUGCAGAAGAUCUGAAAGGGGAUGAAGAGGUGCCAGCUACUGUGCAUGGAGAGACUGCAGCAGCCAUAGAUAACUCAGCUGUUACUGAUGAAGGAAUGUGCACCAUGGCACGGCCUCUAGACAGAGGGAAGGAAUUUCCAGUGCAACAAUUGGCACAAGUGGAAGCUAAGUUCAAUUCACAGAAAGAACUGUUUGAGUAUAAAAAAGAGGAUAGCUCAAACAUGGAGAAAAAGGAUACAAAGGAAUAUUGUAGCCUAGACAUCCAGUGUUCUUUUGAUCACUUACUGACUGACAGGUGUCAGGUGCAGAGGUUAAAUACUGAUAGUACAGUAACAGAUGUCUUAGAAGCAAAAGUGCCUGGUGAAAUCAUCCCUGAGAAUCAGCAAGAGGAGGUAUAUACCAUGGGUAGUGCUGCCAGUUGGAAUGAAUCACUGCAUACUGCUUGUGAUUCUGUGAAGCCUGUGGAUGCUGCUGGAGAGGACCAAUACAGCCCUAACUCAGAAAAGGUGAAAAACAGUGAUCAUAUUUCCAAUGUAUUAUUAAACACUGGAGUAUCUAAUUCAGGAAAAACUGAGGGAAGUAAUCAUUCUGAUGUUGUGCCACUUGUUGUGCCACUAACUAGGCAUCCCUCAAGUGUUGUAGAGCAAAUAAAUACUGAACAGGUGGUAGACAACAUAGGGGGUAACUUUAAAUUAUCAUUAGAGUUACAUGAAAUGGACAAUGUAGAAAAACUUGAUGAAGAGGUCUGCUUUCUAGAGCCAGAAAGUGAAGUAAACUCAAAUGUGGAAAAGAAAACACUUGAAAGAACAUAUGGUAAUAGCCAAACAUUUUCACCAGACUCUAGUGAACAUCACAGCACUUUUGAAGAAUCCUUAAAAGAGGGAGAGACGUGCACUGGUACAGUUUUGCAUAGCUGUGGAGCUUUGAACAUGACUGAAACACAGCUAAACUUGGAGGAAGGUUCUGAUUUUCAAACUCACAGUAAGGGUUGCACUGAAAUCAGGGCAUCAUCUGAAGCUGCAAUCCACAGUGGCAUGGAGGAGGAGAUCUGUGUGAGUGCCACUGAACUAAAAGGUGACUUUCUUGAGGAUGCUGGUAACUUGAGCAGAACUAGAUCAGGGAUAAGUGAUGGCACUGUGACAUCUCAUGCACAUAAUCCAAGCACAGAUGAAAUGUUCCUAAAGGAAAACAGCCUAGAGUGUCACGUUUCACAAGAAUUAGUAGAGAAUAAAGUAUGCAAAUAUUCAAAUUCAGAUAACAAAACCAGUGUCUCUUCUGUGUCUGUGGAAUGUGAGCAUACGAAUAAAAUAGAUAUGAACAGCAGACAAGAUGAACAACAGGAUGUGUGUUCCUUCCACACAGUGAAAAAUCAAUGGAGUGCAGAGACUGAGUCAGCCAAAACAGCUGGGCGUGUAGUGGAAUCUGUAAAACAGACGAAAUUUGAAGGUCAGCUAAAUGAGUCCAUUGAUAACAAGGUAGAAAAUUUAAAACAGAGUCUGGAUGCUAACAUUGCUGAUUGUGAUAAAGGCAUCUUCAGUUGCAGUGAAGGCUUGGCUGACAGUCAGAAUGCUCCCUCUGACUCCUCUGCACCUGCACUCACGGACAGCUCUAUGGACAGGAGUGUAAAAUUAAAAGAUGCCACGAAAAAUCUGGGAGAUGGCAGUAAACUCUUAAAUAAAGACCAUAACUUUUUACCUGUAUUGUGUCAAAAUGCAUGUUCUCAUGAGCAUGACAAACCAGCAGAAGAGCCUGAGUUGUGUCACUGUGCCAGUCCAGAGCCAGAAGUUGGGAACACUCAAAUUUCUGUUGCGCCUUCUACAGAGGAUGGAUCAGAAACUUGUGAAAAAAGUAGAUGUGAUGUAAAUGAAUGUCAUUUCCAGGAUGGUGAAGUAAACCAAUAUGUCAGCAUCCACGCAAAGGAGAACCUCACUGGUUUUGGUUUAUCAGCUGAGAAUCUAGAACCUUUUACCAGGGGGAAUUUGAAGCAGUUGCAAGCCAAGACUACUGAACUGAAAAACACCAGUUACAUAUUAAAUACUCAGAUGAAUGACUUGACCACAAGCUGGGAACAGAUGCAGCCAGAUCACAAGAUUUUCUCAAACAAAGAGCUUGGAGUUUGUGUUGACCCAAAGCAGGUAGACAAAUAUGCUGCUACUCCUUCCUAUGAAAUAGCCAGUGCCUCUCCUGGUGCAGCAGGAUUUCAGCAAAGCAGAGAGCAGUGUGUGUUAGGUCUGAUGGAAGAUGGAUCAAGUGACCAGAAGCAGUCCUGUGACCUGGACAGACAAAAUCCCCACGUUGAAAUGUGGCCACAUUUCAUCAGUCUUCAGACUGGCAAUGCUGAUUGGACAAAUCAGCUGCUUUCUGACACGGUUCCUUCUGGUAAUGGUGAAUAUCUAGUGGGCUUUUUAUGGAAUAAUGCAGCUUCUAAUGAUACCAUGAAGAAUGACAGACUGUGUAUAGUUAAUGAAAACUUCCAGAAUGAACCUGAAAAUUUACCAAGUGCUUCAUAUGCAGUGGAAACAUACCCAUACCAGCUGCUAGCACCAGAAUGUGCUGGUACGUGGGGAUGGCACAGUAAAGAUGAACUUGAGUCAACCAAGGUUUCUGAGUUAAACCCCAAUGCAAAGGUGUGGGGAAAUCAUAUGUUACACUUGGAAGCAAGUGGUGCCACUGAUGGUAGCGUGAGCAAAACGUGGGAAGAAAUACCUGACCAGCCUCCAGAUUCCUGUAAAGAAGGACUGGAUGCCAAUGGCGAUGGUGACAAGCAGCAUCAGAGCGCGGUGCUGACGGAGCUGCCGGAGCCGAGCGCGGCCGUGCCGGGCUCAGAGCAGGCGGACAUGAACCCUUUGGCUCUCGAUCAUUCCGAGUAUGAGUCUAUGCACGAAACCACCCAGACAGGUGGAAACGAACAGUUGCAGCCAGAAGGUCAGGAAGAUUUACGAGAAUUACUGAAAAAGACACUGGAAUUCUGUUUAUCUAGAGAAAAUCUUGCCAGUGACAUGUACCUUAUAUCACAGAUGGACAGUGAUCAGUAUGUGCCAAUAAUGACAGUAGCAAAUCUUGAUCAUGUCAAGAAACUCAGUACUGAUAUGGAUUUGAUUGUUGAAGUGCUGAGAUCGUUGCCUUUAGUUCAAGUGGAUGAAAAGGGGGAAAAAGUUCGGCCAAAUCAGAAUCGCUGUAUUGUGAUUUUACGUGAAGUACCUGAAUCUACUCCCAUUGAAGAGGUUGAAGCACUUUUCAAAGGAGACAAUUUGCCUAAGUUCAUCAACUGUGAGUUUGCCUAUAAUGACAAUUGGUUCAUCACAUUUGAAUCGGAAGCUGAUGCACAGCAGGCUUACAGAUACCUUAGAGAAGAAGUGAAGACUUUCCAAGGAAAACCAAUUAAGGCAAGGAUAAAAGCAAAGGCAAUAGCUAUAAACACAUUUUUGCCAAAGAAUGGAUAUAGACCUCUGGAUAUGAACCUCUACACGCAGCAGCGCUACACAACAUCCUUUUACAUCCCUCCAGUAUACAGUCCCCAGCAGCACUUCCCACUGUACAGCUUAAUUGGCCCACAGACCUGGUCAGCCACACACAGCUACCUUGACCCUUCAUUGGUAACACCAUUUCCAAAUACUGGAUUUAUCAAUGGGUUCACAUCUCCAACCUUCAAGCCUGCUGCUUCUCCACUGACAACACUCAGACAGUAUCCUCCCAGGAACAGGAAUCCUAGCAAGUCACAUAUACGCCAUACAAUACCCAGUGCAGAAAGGGGACCUGGGCUUCUAGACAGUCCUACAAUAUUCAACUUUUCUGCUGAUCGUUUAAUCAAUGGCGUCAGGAGUCCACAGACGCGGCAGCCGGGCCAAAGCAGGACACGGGUGCAGAGUGCCACCACCAGCUACACCAAGAGGGAAGUGGGGACUGGGAGGAUGGAACAGACCAGCCUUGACUCGUCCCCUGGAUUAGGGAGGGGGAGGAAAAACUCAUAUGGCUACCGAAAGAAAAGGGAGGACAAGUUUACAAGAGGCCAAACACAGUCUCCACCACCCCCAAAACCUCCAUCUCCCAGCUUUGAAUUGGGUCUGUCUAGCUUUCCUCCAUUACCUGGGGCUGCUGGCAAUUUAAAGACUGAAGACCUGUUUGAAAACAGACUGUCCAGUGUGGUAAUAGGAACGUCAAAAGAAAGAAACAUUAAUGUGGAUGCAAGUACAAACACUAUUCCAUCAGGAAUUCCUCGAGAGCCGUUACCAGUUUCUUCUACAUUGCCCAGGACCUUUGAAAGGUCUCCUUCACCUCCCCAGCCUACUGAGGACUCCAAAGUUGUGGAUAAACAGCAGAGAGAGACACAGAGUACAGAAAGACUUUCUUCUUCCACUCUGAGUACUGCAUGUAAAUCGGUACAAGUCAAUGGGGCUGCCAUAGAACUGCGAAAACCUAGUUAUGCGGAAAUUUGCCAGAGAACAACUAAGGAUCCUCCUACAUUGCAACCCCAGAAAGAACAGAAGCCAAACACUGUAGCAUGUGGGAAAGAAGAAAAAAAGCCCACAGAAACAAUAGAGAAAAACAGAGAACCUCCUCCUGCAAAGUCACAUCCUGGACAACCCAAAGACCAGAGAAGACAGUCAGGACGCAGAUCGUCCCCUCCAGCCGUUGGCAAACGCUUAAAUAAAGAACAGAGUACCCCUCCAAAAUCUCCUCAGUGAAAAUAACACCUGGGAGGGAUUUGAGAAGAGGUCUGUUUCCCACAAAUUAAACCCAUGUUCCCACUAAGAUACCUGAGAAUGAGUUGCUGGUUAGGAGCUUGCAGUGAUACAAGGCAUGUAACAAUGCCUGCAAGAUAUUUUUUUGUGAAAUACUUUUUCCCCCUCUUGAACAAGCAUUCUAUUUUUCUGGGUAUUUCUGGAUAGUUGUUCUAAACCUUACAUUUAGAUUGGUGCUUAAUUGGAGGUGAAGCUUAGUGUGAUUUUCUUUUUUUCUUUUUCCAAGGUGUAAAAUAUUUGUCUUUAAAAAAAAUCAACUUUUUAUUAAGCCUCUCUGUGGCUGUGUGAGUGCAAGCUCUAUAUAGUGAGUUUUUUCUAAACUGUUAAGCAGAAACAUGCUGCUGCAAUAUUUUUAAUAAACUGGUCUGCAAGUACAUAUCUAAAUUAGUGUCCAAAAGACUGAUAACGGCAGCUAGUGUGUAGAGUGCAAGAAAGUAGAUAUAUUUUACAAAUUAGUAUGUGACCUUGAAGAUUUUUUUUUAUUGGGCUGCUGUACUAAGUGUCAGCAAACAAACUUGCACUUUUAGGUUAAAUGAGUAACUGUUUCUAGCAUUUUUAAAAACUUAAUCUUUUUUUCAUGUUUUGCACACAUAAAAUGAAUUCUACAGGGCACCAUAUAGCAGUCUUUCUGAAAUAUUUCCUUUUUUGACUUACUGCAAGCAAGUAACCAUCUUCUCACUCCAGAAUAAAACUGAUGUUAUAAUUUGCAAAUACAAAGCACAUUGUGAAUAGAAAGAAUCAAGUCUGUGAGCUUCUAUGGUGGUGAAGCCUGUUAGUGGAUGUUAUCAGGAGAAAGCAGAGUAGCCUUCUUGUGAUAACCUUAGCUUCCCUGUGCUUGUAAGGGAGUUAACUGAGUCAGCGCUGUAUAUUCUGGUUACCCCUGUGCUCUGUGUAGACUUUUUUUUAAAACUCUGCCCCAAGUGCUCUUUGAAAGAGUUCAUAUCUUAGUCAGCCUUGUGUUGACAUCUUCCUGUAACUACGAGCAUUGGCAUACAGAUUUCAAUUUUUCAAGCCGUGAGAUAAUGGUGUUUGUUUUGUGUGGUGGAGGAAGAGAUCCCUGAUAUUUACCUCUGGGAUGAGGUUUCUCACACUUAUUUACUUUAGAAGUGAUGCGCUUUCUGAAGGACAAGGAUGCACUAAAUUAGCAAGUUUCUAAUAAAGUUGAAUAUAAAUUAUUUUUGUUUUAAAAUGCCUAAAGCUUUUCUUUAAGUGUUUAAACUGCAGGAAGUUCAGACAAAACUCAUUCCUGCUGACUAUGACAGUACAGUUUAUUCCACAAAAAUGUUUAUUUAAACAACUGAUUUUUUUAAAGAAUUAUUUCCAUCCAAUAUUUAAAGACUUGAAUUUUAUUUAAACUUGAAAAUGACUUUGCCUUAACUUUUGUACAAGACAGUUUAGAGUUAAUGAGGUCUGACCCCGUGGAGGGUUAGCAUGAAUGGCAUACAGAAUUACUCAGUUACAGUAUGUAUCUAUUGUCACUGGUCUUACUGGGUAAACAUACUGUAGUACAGGAACUAGCCGCAGUUUUUGUAAUAUACCUUAAAGAUCUUAAGCAGUUGAUCUUUUUCAGAUUGUUGAAAAACCUGUAAAUGCAAAUAGUCAAUACUGUAUUAAAUAUGUGCACUUGGAAGUGUGUGCUUUGCUUGUACAGUUGUAAAUAAUCAGAACAUAUAAAAAGGUACCCUAAAGAAAAAAAUCUGAUAAAAAUUAUUGAUAUUAUAAAUGUUGCUGUUGAGCUGGAUGUAGAUAAACUAAAUGUUGUGGUUUGAAUAUUACUUUAAUUUGUUGUUUUUUCUUUUUCUUAUUUUAUUCUGGUGUGUUGAACUGACUCUGCCUCUUCACUGCAAAAGGGAAAUGGAACGAAAGUCUUAUUUGAAAGCCCUCAAAUAUUUUCCUAAAGUCCCUUUAAAACCAAACAUUUUAACCAAUUCAAAAGUGUUCUGCAAUGUAAAUAAUGAAUUUCAGCAGUCAAACUGUAAUUUUUAAGUCAUUAAUAAAAAAUCAAGUCUAAUUGGGGAAAAACUUGACUGCUGCAAAAAUAUACACUGAAGCUUACUUGUCUGCUUUCAAGAGUAUCAAUGCAUGGUUCAUAGAACUGUAAAGUAACUAUAGAAGUUGACUCCUGAUAAAUUUCCUAUUACAAGCAUCAAUUGGUAACUAGUUGGCAUUGUAAAUCCAGCCUGUUGUAUGCUGCAGAAUUGGUCAAAAUAGGGCACGUGGAGUCUGUUGAUUUUUCCUGUUUCAAAAGCGCACUUUGUGAAUGCUGAGGGAGGAGAUAGGACCCCGACACCAUCACCAAAACUGCUCAGCUCCUUCUGUCAUUGGAUUUUUAGCCCCUUCUCCUUUCCCCAGCGGCAGUGAAAGCAGUGGCUCGAUUUGUGUAUGGUUUAGGCCAGCUGUGUGACUCAUUCUGUUUGUCUGCUGCAUUGAAAGGCUUUACCAGCUGCAGACAGUGGCGAGUGGUCCCUUCCAGCGGCUGCGAGCGGCUCGUGCUGGUGCUCAGCCGGUGCCCCAGGUGAUCUGUUGAGACCACUGGGAUGUGUUGUGCUGUUCUAAUGUGUUCUGCUGCCAUUCGUGAUAGGUCAAUACACUGUAAUUACUGCUUACCCAGCAACAGUCUGUUGCAUCUAAAGUUAAAACCUUCCUCUGAUGUGGUUUUAUAGCUUUUUUUAAAAAAAAAAAGUGACACGCCAAAUCGCUGUGUAAUAUACAAUACAACUUCUCCUUACUGUAUUUUGCUUUGAGAUUUAUUUCCCCCCACCCCCACUCAGUGACAAAAUGGAGUUUUCGGAGUAGAGUUGUGAAGUUGCAUGCAGACUGUUGCUAUGAUACAGAGAGGGAUUAAAACAUAGCUUUUAAAAUUAAAAAUCUCCCAAAAGCAGUAGCUGAGCUCAAGGUUCAGGGAUCCAGUAAUUAAAAUUGGCAUUUUACCCUGUUAGAGCUGCGUGGUGAUGCUUUUCAUUUUGAAAACAAGUCAAAAUGGGAUCUGAGGUUCUUCCAGGAAUUUUUAAAAAAAGGUUGCUUUCAAAACUGAAUGUCAUUUCAGAUCAGUCCCACCCUGUGACACUGUCACAUAGAAACCUGUGAGCAGUGGCAGAUUUUUUAUGUUGCUGCCUUGUCCUUCAAAGCCUUGAGCCCUUGGCUUGGCAAGGCCCUUGGAGCAGGGGCAGUGUAUCAGGAGCAACAGCUGACUGUAAUGGUGCACACCUAUCUCUGUAUCUCCUUCAGCUCCAGGUAGGGGUUUUGUGCUUUGGAACCUAUUACACUAAUAGCAGCAGACAAUCCAAGAUUUCUGAGGACACCUAACAGCUGCCAAUUCACGAAAUAGAAGUGUAAUAUGGGAGCCUUUUUGAGGGUUUUUGUUUUUGUUCUUCUUCCAUUAAGACUGGAAUCAAGCUUACAUGUAAACUAUCAGUAAUUUAAGUUUCCUUUUGUGUCAUAAAAAUGUAAAACUGUCUAAUUUGAAAAAAAAUAUGUAGGUUAUGAAAAAUAAAGAUUUAGGCACUGUUGAA